CAGUUGCGCCUCUCCCGCCCUUCGGAGCCGUCGCGCCCCUCAGGUUCAGUCAGUCGCUGUCCGUCCUUCGAGCGACGGCCACGCGUGGAGCCGCUCUUCCAUUUGUCUUUUCCUCCCCUCUCCCCUAUUUGUCCCCACCCUUCGGGUCCGUGAGACCAUGGCCGAUCUGGCGGCAGCCACCCAAUCUCCCUCCAUCUCGUCCUCCUCCGGGACCGACCCCGCCGUGCCCGGCAGCGGGGGCAGCAGCCCCGGGGUUUGCCCCGCCCUUGGGGGGAAGAGCUGCGCCUCCUCUUGUGCGGAUUCCUUUGUUUCUUCUUCUUCCUCUCAGCCUGUAUCUAUAUUUUCGACCUCCCAAGAGAGAAUGAGUUCUCUCUAUUCUAAGACACCUUCAGAAAUUAAGACUUCCUCUCUUCCUUCAUCUUCUGAAAUUCCUACUGUUCCAACAACAUUAGCUGGGGAAAAAAGCAAAGCAUUGAAUGACCAGUCUGCUUUACCAAAGGAAGGAAAAGAUUCCAAUGCUGCUCUAGAGAGUAAAAAACCAGAACAUUUUCAAGAGGCUGGUGCAGGCUCGGGAACUGGUCCUCCAUCUUUUGGAUCUUCCAGCGUAAAAGAAUCUCCAUUUUCUGUUGGAACAGAUGUUCAUUGUAACCGUCCAUCCAUUCCAACCAGUUUUCCUGAACACACUACCUUUCUUGCAAAGGAAACUGGGGAAGCACACCACGUAAACAAGGGCCAAGACUUGAAGAACCAAACAAAGAAACCAACUAAGGAUGACAAAGCUGCGUCUGAUGAUGAUGAUGCCAAGUUUACUUUGCUAAUGGACCAAAAAUCACAUGAUGAGCCAUCUAUGACGGGAGGUGUUUAUUCACAUUCCUUAUCCCCGUCGGAAAUUGCCGGUGUGACCAAUAUUGAAAAAGAUUCCCCUGAAUCACCCUUUGAAGUCAUAAUUGACAAAGCAGCAUUUGACAAAGAGUUUAAGGAGUCUUACAAGGAGAGUGCCAAUGAAUUUGGUAGCUGGGCCAUGCAUAGUGACCGAGAGUCACCCACAGACAUUCCAACUGGUAAUAGAGUAUUUCCAACAAGAAGCCAGGAGGAAGGGCGGUUUCCAACUUCUGCAUUGCUCACCCGCCAGUUUUCACGUACAACUGCUGCCCUCGAAGAGGUUUCCAGGUGUGUGAGUGACAUGCACAACUUCACAAAUGAAAUGUUAACCUGGGAUUUAGUGCAAGCACAACAGCCCGAAAAGCCUUCCGACAAAGUUACAGUGACUUCGGGAUUAGUUGUAGACGAGUGUGAGUCAGAAAUCCCUGUCAUAAAUCCUAGAACUUCCCCUCAUCAGAAAAUUUCAGUCUCUUCCAGAGAUGGAAGUGGUUCCCUCCCUGAAUCAGUGGGUGAUCUGGCAGGAGUAGCCCCCAUCUGGGAACGUGCCAUUGAUAAAAAAGCUUCCCCAACCCACCUGGGUGCCACAAAGGGAAUACAUGUUGAACCUGUGGCUGAUAACGUACAGAAGAUAGGCGGCGUGCUUCCAGAGUUACCAGGAUCUCAAUUUGAGAAAUGUACAUCCUCAGGUCCUGUGGGGGUAGUUCCUGUGAAGGAGGCUUUACCUGAUGAUUACCUGAAGGGCGAUGCAAAGUGGCAGAACUCUGGGCAGGUGGAAGUGACAGAAGCUGAUAGCUCUGGUGAAUCUGAUGAUACUGUCAUAGAAGAUAUUGUAGUUGACACAUCGUUUGAAAGGGAGAAAAAAGAAUCUGAGAAGGUUUUAUUCCAAACUGCAGAUAGGGAUAUGAUCCAGGGACAAAAAGUUAUGUCUGUUCCAAGUUCUAUUAUAGAGGCAGAUGAGAAGAAAAUCAAAGAGUCGAAGAAACCCGAAGACCUCGGAGAGUCUGUAAAUGACUUUGAAACUCCAGAGACCCAGCCUGCCGUUCUUGUGGGCAGUCCACUCGGUGAGGCCACAUUUCCAAAAGCAUCUGCAGUAAGUACAGCAUCGAAAGAUGUGAAACAGAUCAUUCCUAGACAACCUGUCCAAAUGGAGCCCUCCAGAUUUUCUCCAACCAAAAUUCAAGUGAAAGAGCUAAGAGAGUUAGCAGCUCCACGGUGCCUGGAUUCAUUUCAUGAAGAAAAACUGGGAGGCUUCAUGAGGGAGAGUCCGAAUUCUAAGAGAGGAGACUCAACAGAAGUCCUAGGAGCACUUCCAGGAAUCGAGAUAAAGGAAAGUGCAGCCAAGGUUGAGGUGAAUACCUUUGGAGCACCCCUGGGAAAGGGACCAAAUUCAAAAACAGCCCUUCCCAUGGAAGCGAUCCAUGAAGGUGAGCCAGAUGAUAUGGAAGUCAGAGGCAAAGAGAGCACAUUCUCUAUUGAAAGCCAAAGAAAAAAUGACAGUGGACUCCAGAAAUUUCCUACUGGAGGCACACCAGUGACCUCUCUAGAUUUAGAACAGGAACAACUCACAAUCAAGGCCCUUAAGGAAUUAGGUGAAAGAUCAGAACUUCCCCAAGAGGAUAUAGGAGCCCCACAAGAAAAAGAAAGACUCAUACCAACUUCAACAAAUUUGGCCACUUCUGUGUUUGCUCCAGAAUCUACUUGGCCAAAGAGUUCACGUGAUAUCCCAGAACAAACAGAUAUGAAGGCUACCUCUGGUCCAGACCUUGGGGGUACUAAAGAGCCUUUUGUUCCCAAAGAGGUUACCCAGGUAGAAAUGACAGCCAACUCUAGCAAGACCGAACUGGUAAAUGAGCAUGCCCUAACAAGACUUCUGACCAAAUUCUCAGUGCAUGACCUGAUUUUCUGGCGGGACGUGAAGAAGACCGGGCUUGUCUUUGGCACUACACUGAUCAUGCUCCUCUCCCUGGCGGCCUUCAGCGUCAUCAGUGUGGCUUCUUACCUCAUCCUGGCUUUUCUCUCUGUCACCAUCAGCUUCAGGGUCUACAAGUCUGUCAUCCAAGCUGUACAAAAGUCAGAAGAGGGUCAUCCGUUCAAAGCCUACCUGGAUGUGGACAUUGCUCUCUCAUCAGAGGCUUUCCAUAACUAUGUGAAUGCUGCUAUGGUACACAUCAACAGGGCGCUCAAACUCAUCAUCCGUCUCUUUCUGGUGGAGGAUCUGGUUGAUUCGUUGAAGCUAGCUGUAUUCAUGUGGUUGAUGACCUAUGUCGGUGCCGUUUUCAAUGGGAUUACCCUUCUGAUUUUAGCCGAACUGCUGAUUUUCAGUGUUCCAAUUGUCUAUGAAAAGUAUAAGACACAGAUCGACCACUAUGUCGGCAUUGCCCGGGACCAGACCAAGUCAAUUGUUGCAAAGAUCCAAGCGAAACUCCCUGGCAUCGCAAAGAAAAAGGCAGAAUAACCAUUUGGAAGCCAGAAAUCCAGCCGUUACUAAAACACCAUUUAAUAGUUAUAACCUUCGUUACUUGUACCUAUGAAGGAAUAUGCUCAGUGUCAGCUUGAGCCUGCAUUCCAAGCUUUUUUUUAAUUUGGUACAUUCUUCCCUUCCUCACCCUUUCCCCCGACCAACAUCGAGCACAAGAACAUACUGGACUGAAAAUAACUGAUGUCUUAGAAACUGAAAGAAUAAAGAGUGAUUACAGUUUGUGCGAUGAACCGGUACCUCCAAGGGUGGUGGGGUUUGGCCUCGAGUUUGAACGAGGGAAAGAUGGGAGGCGGAGUAAGGCAGGAAAUGAAGGAAGGUAGCGUGGAAAAAUGCAUCUUCCCUCUACCUGGCUGCCUCGGACCUCACACCUUUCUCCCACCACUGGCCUUCAGCCCAUCUCCCAUUAUAGUUCAGUCUUCAAAAUUUGGUUACGGGAGACCAGAUUGCUUUUGAUGGACUUUGGAAGAGAACGAGUGUGGAGGUUAGGAGGACAAAUGGCUUUCACUUGUCCUCCUACCUGUCGAUCUUUUUAGAAUCCUCUGACUCACCUCUGUGCCCCACAAGUGCAAAACGAAUGGAAACUGUCCACUCUACACAGUGCCGUCGUCUCCCUCUAUCCCCGUUGGAAAAUGGAAGCUUCAGUUCUGUUUUAGGACUCGCAAGUGAUAGCGUGCUUUCUCAACAUAAUGGCAAAGGAGAAUGGUGCCUGAAAGGAAUCCAAAAUCGGAGCAACCGCCUCCCUGUCACACCUUCUCCCAUUGCCCAAAAGCAAAAUAACCCCUCCACACACACACACACACACUCCCGCCCACCGUUGGAGAAGUAGGUGUCUGCUUUACUUCCUCGACACCAGUUCCAAGCUUUCGUCUGGUAACUCAUUCCUGCAGUGUGCUUUUCUCCCUUUAUCCCACCUCACCUCAAGUUUAAUAAGGUUGUACUUUUCUUAUUAUGAAAUAAAAAAUAUGUCUGUAACUGCUGUACACUGCUGUAAACCUGUUAGAGAAAAAAACGUAACUGCAUGUGGACUCUUCAGUCGUUGUAAUUCUAUCUCAGUCCAAGGGCGGGGGGCGGGGGGAUCCUUCUUAGAAGGUGAACUACAGAAACAUAAGAUCCAUGCUACAUUUUCCCUUACCCUUUCUCUCCCCUACUUCUUCCCUCAUGUACUGCCCCACCUACUUCCACCUGCCCUCAUCAUCCUUAUCCCAAGGAGCAAAGUUGAAGUCUGACUGAACCCUAGUGGCCCCUUGGAUCCCAAGAGACAGGGAAACCUCACCCAUUAUGGAGGGUUUGUUAGGGAGAGAUGUUUUGGGGUUGGAGGAUGGAAGGCUUGAGGGUUUGCUUUUAAAUGAACGACUAAAGAGUAGAAUGCAGACAGAGACUUAGCUUUGUGGUUCGUAUGGUGUCUUUUUAACUUGUUUUGAAGAGAGUUUUGCAGUUUGAGUGUUUUUAUUUUAGGGAGAUUGUUUUUACUCUGGGAAAGGAGAAAGAGCUGUCAGAUUUGCUGUGGCCCAAAAAAUGUCCAUCUGGACAACAAACCUUUUAUAGUGGAGUUAAGGAAAAAAAGUUUUUGGACAAGGAAAAGGCCAUAAAGGGAUCUCCCCCUUUUCUUUUUUUUUUUGAUUUGAGGAACAUGCAAGGUUGAAGGACAGUGGUAAAGGAGAACAAGUAAAAGCCAAGGUGCCCGGGUCCACUUUGAGGCUGGGAUAACUGGCCUAAAGUUUGAAUCCUCAGCCUGAGUUUGAGAUAGGUAUCUCCCUUCCCCAAAGCAGAACUUUUUCUCUCAGUAAAUUAGGAAACAGUUCACACUGACACUGCUGGAUUUACCCCAGUCGUGGCUCCCUAAAGAUGUAAGUAGGUAGCAUAGGAAAUCUCGGAAUAUUGUGGCCGGGGGCUUUUAAGAUAAAUGGAGUGCUAUUUCUCUAGACGUUUUUGCUCCAGAGAGCAUAGAAAGGAAAUUUGAGUCCAUUUUUCCCUGGAAAAUCCAUUUUUAAAUUCUGGGUAGGCCGGGAACUUCAGAAUGGGAAGUUUCUAAAUGAUUUGCUCCUGUCCACCUAGUCCAUUUCCUUGCUUUCCCCUCCCAUGUCCCCCUUCCUCUUCGAUCUUUAUCUGAUGUUGUGUCAUGGCAACAAAACCAUUUUCCAUCUUCACCCGCUGCUUUCCCAGGAAAUCAAUGCACUGAUUGUCUUAUCGGGCUUCCCCCUCCCAAGGACCUCUUUCUGCACUGGAAGCCCCCAGGCCUAGCUCUUCUGUCUGUUCUGUUACUGCUGUGUUUAGAUACAUUGGACAGAUCUUUGUGCCAGGCAGGUUUUCUUUUUUAAGAAAAAAAAAAAUCAAAGUAGACAAAAAAAACUAAUGAAGCUAUGUGUGUGUGCGUGUAUGUACGUGCAGCAUAAAAUACAGUAGCACCUACGGAGCUUGAAGAAUCUUGGUUCCUGUAAAACUGCAAAUUGAUGUGGUAUUAAUAAAAAGAACACAAUGUCUGUGAGAUGA